AUGCUGGCACUCAACCCGGGAGUCGCCCAUCAGCUCGCCACCCCCAAGCUGCUGCACAUCAUGGGCGACGCCGCGCCCACCUGGAUGACCGAGGGCGACAAGAUGCGCCUCAAGAAGAGCGGCAAGAAGUUUGCCGACCUCACGAACCACCAGAACGUCCUCGGGGAUGCUGGCGGUCUUUGCUUACACUCACCCGCAGAUCUGCCCAACCUCACCCAUCAGAACCUCAUCAAGCCCCUCUUUCCCCUCGUCAACAAGGAGCGCAUGUAUGGAGUCGUCAAGCACAUGACGAGCUACUACAACCGCAUGUACCGGAGCACCCACGGCCAGCUGAGCUCUGAGUGGCUGCACGACCACAUUGCCGAGAUCAUCGCCGCCGCGCCGUUCGGCACGCACAUCUCACUCGAGUACUUCCCGCACGCGUUCCCGCAGUCGUCCAUCGUCGCGCGCUUCGAGCCCAAGGUGCGCAACUUCUCGCAGCCCGUGACCAUCCUCGGCGCCCACCAGGACUCGGCCAACUACCUGUUCCCGCUGCUGCCCGCCCCCGGCGCCGACGACGACUGCUCCGGCUCCGUCAGCAUCCUCGAGGCCUUCCGCGUCCUUGCCGGUGCUGGCUACACGCCCCUCGGCGGCCCUGUGGAAUUCCAUUGGUACGCUGCUGAAGAGGCCGGUCUGCUCGGCAGCCUCGACAUUGCCGCCUACAAGCGCGCGCAGAACCAGCCAAUUGGCGCCAUGAUGGAGUUUGACAUGACGGCGUUUGUAGCGCGCAACACGACCGAGUCCAUCGCCAUGGUCUCGACCCAGGCCGACUCGGCCCUCACCAACUGGACCGUCGAACUGGGCAAGGAGUACAUCUCGAUUCCCAUUGACGUCUUUGAACUUGGGCCCAACGCCGGGUCCGACUACAUGUCGUUCACCAUGCACAACUACCCCGCGGCCUUUGCGACCGAGGGCAACCCCAUGCACGGCGGCUUCCCGGGCGAUAUGUGCCCGUAUGUCCACGGUGUCGGGGACCGCAUGGACGUCGACGACGACAAGGGCUACUUUUCCAUCGACCACAUGGCCAGGUUCACGGAGCUCGCCAUUGCUUACACGAUAGAGCAGGCUGGCUGGAACAACAAGUGGCGUUGA